CUGGACGCAUUUUAUUUUUUUUGGACAGGUUCAAAAAUUAAAUUAGACACUUUCACUUUCUCAAAUCAGACGUUCAUAAAAAAUUUCUGGACCUUUUCCCUUUUCUUCUUUAGUUAUUCAUACAUAUUUUACAAUGGAUUUUAUACAUUAUAAGCCUGAAUUUGAUUAUUAUCCAGACAGUGAAACGGAUGAUGAGAGAGAUGAAGAUUUAGCAAUGGAUUAUGGUUACAUUCUGCAAUUAAUUGACUUGGACUCUUGCGAGCCUGUUUUUGACGUCAAAAUGGAGGAACCAAUCGAGGAGCCAAUAACAGUAGAGCCAACAAUGGAAGAGAUUACCACUGAUUUUAAUGCGAUAUCUAUUACAGAUAACAGCAAGAAGAAGAACAAAUAUGGCCCGGAGCAGAUUCGUGCUUUUAUUGAGCUUAUUCAGGAAGAAGGGUUGAGUGUGCCAAAAGCUGCCAAGCAGUGCAUGAUUCCAAGAAGUAGCGCAUACCUUCUACUAAAGGAAUUCAAUGCAGGUAGUGGCGAUGUACUUCCUGGUAAAUCACUAAAGAAAAAAGCGAACAGAGGUACACCUGUAAAGCUUUUACCUGAACAUACGGAAUUUCUUGUAAAGCUCUUCGAUAACAACCCUUCAUCGACUCUUGAAAUGGCUAAAGAGGCAUUAUCACUUGACAGAGAGCUGUCAUUUUUCUUUGAAGCAAGCGUCGAAAUACAAUGCAGAUAG